UCUUUCUUAUGAACACAGCAGACAGUUUCUGGUUAAUCCACAGAAAACGAAGAGAUUCAUUUUGCCAGGAGUGUAUAUGGCCUAUGGGAUCACACACACGGCUUUAGAUCUGAAUUUUUGACCAACCAGAGGUUAAUUAUCCUCCAAGGAGGGAAAAGGAAAAUGUCUGCAACAAUUGAAAAUCAGACUCCGUAUUAUAUUUCCUACUGCUUUUCAUACCAAGCUGCACUGAAUAAUGUCAGGGAAUUUGGUGUUGUAAGACCUCGGUCUUCUAAACGCAUCAGUCAGUUGACUUUACCUAGUCAUAUUUACGUGAAAUAUGAACAUCAGUCACAAGAUGACACCCGUCAUCGUGCAGAUUUGCAUCGAAGUUACAAUGGCAUCCACCAUCCAACCUUCUAUAUCCGUGAAUAUGGAGCGGACAGAUCUUUGCUGCAGCUAACAAGUAACAGGGGAGGAGAUUCUCCUACAUGCCCAAACUAUGGCAAACAAGAAGAGGACAGAAUAGAAAUGCAAAGAAGAAGACUUCAAGAGGAAGAGAAUAGGAGGAGGCAGCAGCAGAUUGAGCGAGAGAGGAGGAUUCAGGAGGAGAUUGAGAAGGAAAGUAAAGCUCUAGAAGAAAAACAAGUCCAGUUCAAUAAGAAGCUGGAGAUGAGAAGAAACAGAAACAUACAAAGACAGAAGGAAACUCAUAUCCUUCGCCACGUGGUAGAAGAUGAUGCCCUUCCUAUCCAAAUAACUGAGGUAACAUAUAUAUAUAUACACAUACAGUAUAUAGAUGGAGCACCAUCCCAGUUAGGUUGCUAUCAGGUUAGGUAA